AUAUUUGGUGACAUCCCUAUCAGAUUAAUAGUUCAUAAUCACAAUAUAUAAGGUUGAUUCUUCAGUGACUGUGCAAUGCAUCGUUUUUGGACAGCCAAAUUCAACAUUCCUAAUCUCACGUAAGGAAAAUGAAGUCCAUCGGUUUUAUUCCGAUUCUGACUGUGUUCUGUUUAAUAUUCGUUUUCGAUUCAUGCCAAGGAAAAGCUAUUAAUCCAAACUCUCUGUUCAGAGGGAAUGAAGCUCCGAAUGUAAACAAACCGUUGAGUCUUCUUCCUGAUCUGGAUUUGGGCAAUAUGAAAAAAGAUCCAUGGCCCAACAAGGUUGAUCUAAAUGUAGGACACAACUCCCUUAAAGGGAUCAUUGGUGGCACAAUCUGGGAGGACAAAAACAAAGGCUUAAGUCUGGAUCUAGAUCUGAAGCCUGGCGUUAGAUUUGAGGGUCGAAAUUCAGCGCCAGUUCCUAACUUCAACGCAUUAGGCACUCUCAAGUGGGGAUUCUGGUAAUGCUGCAAGCAUUAGAAAGAAAAUAUUUCUUUUAUGGUGUAUAUUGUAUGUAUUUCAGAAAGCAUAUUUCUGUUAAUGUAUUUCUCUUCAGUGCCAAGGUUCUUUUAAUGAUAAAUAAA